CCAGCCCCGGCGAGCGGCCGCCACCUGCCCGGCGCCUCCUCUACCCGCCCCACCGCGGCCCAACUUGGAUGGAGUUGGGGUCUUGAGCACCUGCCCCCGCCGCCGCCAGCGGAGAGCCCCGCGCCGCCUCCUUCGGUCUGGGACCUCUUCUCCGCUCCUCUCUGCUCCCGCGAUGGGAAAAGUUGGCGCCGGCGGCAGCUCCGCAGCCCGGCUGAGUGCGCUUCUCGCCGGAGCGGGGCUUUUGGUCCUCUGCGCCCCGGGCGCCUGCAGCAGCGGUUCUUGCUGCCCCCCACAGCACCCCAACUCGGCUGGACGCUGGACCACGACCCCAGGGGGCUUUUUCCACCAAGGACCGUCAGGCAGGGCUCCUGCCACGCCCCUGCCGCUUCUUGUGCGCCCCCUGUUUGCAGUGGCCCCCGGGGACCGAGCGCUAUCCCUGGAGCGGGCCCGGGGCACCGGGGCGUCGGUGUCGGUUGCCGCACGCUCCAGCCGAAGGAGACGAAGUGGAGCGGUUCAGGAGAAGGCAGAAAGGGUAGAGGGCUCCAGUAGGAGCCCCCGGGGAGUACUGAGGGAUGGAGGGCAGCCAGAGCUUGGGACUCCGGAGCGGGACCUGGACAAAGCCACCCGCUUCCGAAUGGAGGAGCUGAGACUGACCAGCACCACGUUUGCACUGACAGGAGACUCCGCACACAACCAAGCCAUGGUCCAUUGGUCCGGCCACAACAGCAGCGUGAUUCUCAUUUUGACAAAGCUCUAUGACUAUAACCUGGGGAGCAUCACAGAGAGCUCACUUUGGAGGUCAACUGAUUAUGGGACAACCUAUGAGAAGCUGAAUGAUAAAGUGGGUUUGAAGACAAUCUUGAGCUACCUUUAUGUGUGUCCUACCAACAAGCGUAAGAUUAUGUUACUCACAGACCCGGAGAUUGAGAGCAGUUUAUUGAUCAGCUCAGAUGAAGGGGCAACGUAUCAAAAGUACCGGCUGAACUUUUACAUCCAGAGCUUGCUUUUCCACCCGAAGCAAGAAGACUGGAUUCUGGCAUACAGUCAAGACCAAAAGUUAUACAGCUCUGCCGAGUUUGGAAGAAGAUGGCAGCUUAUCCAAGAAGGGGUGGUACCAAAUCGGUUCUACUGGUCUGUGAUGGGGUCGAACAAGGAACCAGACCUGGUGCAUCUCGAGGCCAGAACUGUGGAUGGUCAUUCACAAUACCUUACUUGCCGAAUGCAGAACUGCACAGAAACCAACAGAAAUAAACCUUUCCCAGGCUACAUUGACCCAGACUCUUUGAUUGUCCAGGAUGAUUAUGUGUUUGUUCAGCUGACGUCAGGAGGAAGACCACAUUACUACGUGUCCUACCGGAGGAAUGCGUUUGCCCAAAUGAAGCUUCCGAAAUACGCUUUGCCCAAGGAUAUGCAUGUCAUUAGCACAGAUGAGAACCAAGUGUUUGCAGCAGUCCAAGAAUGGAACCAGAAUGAUACCUACAACCUCUACAUCUCAGACACCCGCGGUGUCUACUUCACAUUGGCCUUGGAGAAUGUCCAGAGCAGCAAAGGUCCUGAGGGUAACGUCAUGAUUGACCUCUAUGAGGUAGCAGGGAUAAAGGGAAUGUUCUUGGCUAACAAGAAGAUUGACAACCAAGUGAAGACCUUCAUCACAUACAACAAAGGCAGAGACUGGCGUUUGCUGCAGGCACCAGACACAGAUCUCAGAGGGGACCCUGUGCACUGCUUGCUGCCCUAUUGCUCACUACACCUUCACCUGAAAGUCUCUGAGAAUCCCUACACAUCAGGAAUCAUUGCCAGCAGAGACACAGCUCCAAGCAUCAUUGUUGCUUCAGGUAAUAUAGGUUCUGAACUGUCAGACAGCGACAUCAGUAUGUUUGUCUCUUCAGAUGCAGGGAACACUUGGAGGCAGAUCUUUGAAGAAGAGCACAGUGUUUUGUACCUAGAUCAAGGUGGAGUCCUGGUGGCCAUGAAACACACUUCUCUUCCAAUUCGACAUCUUUGGUUGAGUUUUGAUGAAGGGAGAUCUUGGAGCAAAUACAGUUUCACUUCUAUUCCACUUUUUGUGGAUGGGGUUCUGGGUGAACCUGGAGAAGAAACACUAAUUAUGACAGUGUUUGGACACUUCAGCCACCGCUCUGAAUGGCAGCUGGUUAAAGUGGACUACAAGUCCAUUUUCGACAGACGGUGUGCCGAGGAGGACUACAGGCCUUGGCAGCUACACAGCCAGGGGGAAGCAUGCAUCAUGGGAGCCAAGAGGAUAUACAAGAAGCGAAAAUCCGAGCGGAAGUGUAUGCAAGGAAAAUACGCAGGAGCUAUGGAAUCUGAACCUUGUGUUUGCACAGAAGCUGAUUUUGACUGUGACUAUGGCUAUGAGCGACACAGCAACGGGCAGUGCCUGCCAGCAUUUUGGUUCAAUCCAUCCUCUCUCUCAAAGGACUGCAGCAUUGGACAGAGCUACCUCAAUAGUACUGGGUAUAGAAAGGUGGUUUCCAAUAACUGCACUGAUGGCGUGCGAGAACAGUACACGGCCAAACCACAGAAGUGUCCAGGGAAGGCCCCUCGUGGGCUCCGGAUCGUCACUGCAGAUGGAAAGCUGACAGCAGAACAGGGGCACAAUGUCACUCUCAUGGUGCAGCUGGAAGAGGGUGAUGUCCAGCGGACACUCAUCCAAGUGGACUUUGGUGAUGGCAUUGCAGUGUCUUACGUCAAUCUCAGCUCCAUGGAAGAUGGGAUCAAACACGUCUAUCAGAACGUGGGCAUUUUCCGAGUGACCGUGCAGGUGGACAACAGUCUGGGGUCUGACAGCGCCGUCCUGUACUUACAUGUAACUUGUCCCUUGGAGCAUGUGCACCUAUCUCUUCCCUUUGUCACCACAAAGAACAAGGAGGUCAAUGCAACUGCGGUGCUGUGGCCCAGCCAAGUGGGCACCCUCACUUAUGUGUGGUGGUAUGGAAACAACACGGAGCCCUUGAUCACCUUGGAGGGAAGCAUAUCAUUCAAAUUUACUUCAGAAGGAAUGAACACCAUCACAGUGCAGGUCUCCGCUGGAAAUGCCAUCCUGCAGGACACAAAGACCAUUGCAGUGUACGAGGAAUUCCGCUCUCUUCGCUUGUCCUUUUCUCCAAACCUGGAUGACUACAACCCGGACAUUCCUGAGUGGAGGAGGGACAUCAGCAGAGUCAUCAAAAAGUCCCUGGUGGAAGCCACAGGAAUUCCAAGCCAGCACAUCCUGGUGGCAGUACUGCCUGGUUUACCCACCACUGCCGAGCUCUUUGUCUUGCCUUACCAGGAUCCAACAGGAGAAAACAAAAGGUCACUGGAGGAUCUGGAGCAGAUAUCAGAAGUACUGAUCCAUAAGCUCAACCAAAAUUCAGUGCACUUUGAAUUGAAGCCUGGGGUCCAAGUUCUGGUCCAUGCAGCUCACCUAACAGCAGCCCCACUGGUGGACCUCACUCCAACCCACAGUGGAUCCGCCAUGUUGAUGCUGCUCUCGGUGGUGUUUGUGGGGCUGGCCGUGUUCGUCAUCUACAAGUUUAAAAGGAAGAUCCCGGGGAUUAAUGUUUAUGCCCAGAUGCAGAAUGAAAAAGAACAAGAGAUGAUCAGUCCAGUCAGUCACACUGAAAACAGGCCCAAUAUCCCUCAGACUGAACUAAGAAGGCCUGGCCAGCUUAGAGAUGAGAAGGUGGAAUCACAGCUCGUAGGAGAGUAGCUUUACCCUCCCCUCCCUCCCCUUCUACUCAACCUGGUGACUCAUCUCUCCGAUUGCAAAGAGCAAGACACGCCACUCCACCUUCAACGCCAAAGCGGGGAUCUGCUGGGGCACAAUUUGCAAUUUAAGGAAAAACCCCAAAGGCUACAGGCGACCUGCUGAUCAGGAAAGAAUUUCGCUCUUGUCCAGCGCAUCAUCCUUCAUGACCACUAACUUUAUGUUUCUUUUCUUUCCUCUGUUGUUCUGUUUCCUAUUUUUGCCAGGAAGUAUUUCCAUAGUUGCUGAGAAUCAAAGCACAAAAGAAAUCCCUACCUAUGUAAAUGUUUGAAUGGAGGACGCCAGUAAAAAAACAAAAACAAAAAAACAAAAACAAAAAAAAAUCAAAACAAAAAAUAAAAAUAAAAACAGUCAAAAUCCAAACAAACAAAAAACAAACACUCACUGCACCGGGACUUUUAAUUCUUCUGACACAGACAACAAGGGUUUUUAGCUUUAAGCCUGUGCAUGUGGACAAUACCUUGAGGACAUGUCUGGAGGGGCAGUGUACAGGUGCUCUAUUUUAAUGGAAAACACUCCCCUCCCCUUUUCUUCUCUUUUUUCUGAUCGGUCGUGUUUGUAGAAAAUUCAUAACAUAUAUAGGCCAAGGAAAUCUGCAUGUAUUUUUGGAAAUAUUCUUGGCUCUAGAUUUAACAGCUAUUUUAGCACUCCUGGCCGAGGGGUGGAUUAGCCAUCCCUGGCCUUUUCAUAAGACACAAAGACAUGCACAGGGAAACCCUGAGCCGUUUCUCUGUCCCACUGUCCUUACUGUCGUUUGCCCCUUCUAAGUUAGCGGUGGUAGCUUUGUUGGUCAGCAGAGGCCACAAGGCUGCUUUCUCUCUAUUCUCUGUGGCCACAGGGACAAAGAUGCAAGUUGAAGAUCGUGUGUGCAGGUACACUAGGACAAAAAGAGGGGCAGGGAAGCAAAGCACGUCAGAAACGGACCUUUGUUUCUUGUUCAGCUUUUCUCCUUGCAGCUUUCCCUACUCCCGUCCCAACUGAAGUAGAAGAUGGAAUUUUUUUCUAGUAAUUACCCUCUGUCUUGCCUUCCCAUUUGUUUGCCAUCCCUGUGUACCCAUGAUCCGUCCAUGUCUUUGAAUCCCUUCCUUUCAAUCCCCAAGUUAUCCUUCAACUGUUCCUACUUUUUCUUCACAAACACAUUGCUAGAUUUUGGACAUCACCCCUGGUGUCUCCUAAAUACUGGCCUAGGCUCUGCCAACCCUGACCCCACCACUUGCAAGUUUCAGAUCUCUGUUUGUUUUGUACACUCCCAAGCAUGCCAGCUUCUGUGCCCACUGCUCCGGCUGCAUCCUGCCCAGCAGGGUUCAGUUUCAUGUACCCUUUGUCUCUUCCUCUAGAACCUGCCUUUUCCAAAUAUCCUUGCCUUUUCCCACCUGGAAACAUGUAAUGUGAAAGAGUUGAUAUAUGCAAAGCAGUCAAACCUGGCCAUAUUCUUUGGAAAAGAAAGUACACAACUGGGCAGUGGUGUUCUUGCACAUUAACAAACAUCUCGUGCGUUCAGAUUCUGGAAGCUUCUUGUGAGAAAUGUUUUGGACAUGUGACUGUAUUGCAGGGUAAUGUCUUCCUGUGAUAGUUGCUGUUACCACAUACUUCCUUUCUCACAACAGAAUAAAAAUACUUGUGAAAUAAACACUGAUUUAACCAGAAGGAGAAGCAGGUUAAUGGACUUAAUGUUUGAGAAUGUCAAAAAGUCUGAGAAAAUAGGUCUUAUCUUACAUUAGGAUGAGAUUUUGAUUACUUAGGGUGAUCCUGGUGAUUUCACGUGUGCUGUCUCAUCUUUUGAGUAUCACGGUAUCAGUAAAGGAAAAAUAAGUCAGUAUACAGGGGAGGAGUUAGCCCUCCAACAAAGCAAAAGAAAUCCUCACAGUCCUUAAAUCCUGAAAGCGUGAAGAUAUCCCCAGUUUUCCCAGGGUGAUCAUGAAAGAAGGACCAGAGAAGGGAACAAAAGUCCAUCCACUCCUGGAGCCCCCUCAGUACUUGAACUGGACAAAGCCCAUUUGAAGGGUGGGAGAAAUCAUUAUGAUAAACCACCCAGAGAACCUACUGUCCUUCUUGGCUGAGUCCCCAAGCCACCAACAGGGUAUAACAGGGUCCUGUGAUGAUGAGGAUAUCCUAAAGAUCCCAAUGACUCCUGCCCUAAUGUAGCUUAGGCAGGGCGAGAGUAGCAAAGUUGCUGCCAGAAGUUAACCGUGUAAAAGGUGUCAUGGUUGAGGAGGCCCCAUGUGAAUCUGGGCAAUGGGCUGUGCCUGGGGCGGCCACCUUUUUGUAAAACUUUGAUUGAUUCCCAAUCUGCCAGGCUUCCUAUCUCAUAGAAAACAUCCUCAUUGAUUCUCUUCAGUUGGAGCCUCCCAAAUUUCAUCUGGAAGACCGAGUGUUUAGAAACCAAAAGAGGCUCACUCACACCAGCACAGGGAGUCCUCAGAGUUGCAGUUCAAUUCAUUUUAAUUAGAAAAUUGUGAAAAGGGAUAUAUACUCUUAAUCUAGCACAGUGCCUUGCCUAGAGUAGUAUUGUGAAAAUUAUUUGUCAGUGAAAUAAAUGAGUGCAAAGACAUAGGGAAGAAGGGACCCUAAGUCCUAAUUUAAAAUAGAGGCAGACAUGAGAUGCUUGGCAUUUUGGAGAGUGACCAAAGGUGGCCAGCUAUAGAUUCAGCAUCUCCAGUGUCCUCAUGUGCCUCUCCUCAAAGCUCCCUCCCACCUGUAGGUGAUUAGUGAGGCAAGGUACUGCUCAGAGGGGACCUCAUUGUUCCUAUGACUGUGGCUCGUGGUUCUCAAAGUGUGGUACUCAGGCUAGCAGUAUCAGCAUCACCUGUAACUUGUUAGAAAUGCAAAUUCUGGGUCUAUACCCCAGAGCUACUGAGUCAGAAACUCUAGGGGAUGAAUAGUGUUGCUCUCUCUUUCUGGAUGGGAGUAGUCCCACCAAUCAGUCCAACAAGCCAUCCAGGUGAUCAUGAUGCAUGCUCAAGUUGGAGAACCACCAGAACAGGCCAUUCCAGCUCAAGCCCAAAGACAAGGCAAUGAUGUUAGCCUACAAAUGGGAGGGACCCAAGUGCCUACCUACUGGCUAAUAGCAGGUGCAAACACAAUGAGGAGUUUGGUGGGCUAAGGCCAGAGGAGUGUGGGGAGGGAUGUGUGUGGAAGGUGAGAUUCAGGGCAAGCUAAAAAUACAACACUGCAACAUUUUCUAAAACCCCAGAAGGCAAACUGUGCAUGCUCUACCCUGAACUACCCAACCAACAUUUUCUCUCUUGCCUUAUUCCUAAUUGGAUCCACUAUCCAAAAUGCAGAGGUUCGCUUUGCUUUUUUUUCAGAAGUUCCAAACAGCAACUUUGAGAGGAAUGGGGUGCUUGGCAGCUGUUCUGUGUUUUCCAGGAUUCCAACUGAGCAUUGAAAUCCCUCAUUUGCCAACUUAUUUUUAUAGGAAGCCAAUUUAAAAAAAAAAAAAUGAAAGUUUUCUUAUAGUAUUGGAACUACUUCUAAUUUUAAAAUGACUUUUUUGAUGUAUUUUUUUGUUAAAUACUAUGUAGUGUAAUGUAUAAUUGCUCUUGUUUAUUGCUUUUACAAUCAUAUUUAUUAAACAGAUAAUGUCUCUAAAGUCUUUGCCUUGAGAUGUUUAUUUUUACCCCCAAACUCGGUAUUUAGUCAAAAAGUGAUGCAUUUACAAGAUUUCAUAACGGCUAAUUACAAGACAAUAUCGUUAACACCACAGGCUCAAGGUUUUAUUUUUUAAUUUUUUUAAACUAACAAAGCAGAAUAUAUUUUCCAAUCUAAAGUGUACCUAUAUUUCAGUUGACUGUACAAUACCUGUCACUUCAUUACAUUAUUCCAUUU